GGUGUUGAUCAACACCAAGAUAUAAAGCCUAAUUUACCUCGGAAAGAGAGUGAUAUCAGGCAAAAAGCAAAAGAAAGAAUAUUGGGGGCAAGCCAUUGCAAAAAGAGUUGUCUCGACCGUCCGAAAAGGAAGAAGGUGCAGUGGCUCGUACGCAUGCAGGUUUCAUAUGCAAUUGUAAACAGUACUGAAAGGGAAACAGGAGGCCCGGUAGUUGCUGACAGUCAAAAAUGAAGUCCCUGUCUAGCCCGUGUUUCAUAAUUGUUCAUACGCUUUCAUCUUCGAAACAUAUCCUCACGGUAGUCUCCUACUUGUCCUCCAGCUAUCUGUGGGUGUCGUCGCCACCGAUAGAAGGGACAAACCAUAUGUUGGGCCCACUCCCUCCACCAACCUGGCGUCAGGAUACCUUGAGAACUCCUUUGGCAUUAUAUCUCGAGCUCCCUCCUGUUUCAAGCCAUGUUCAUGAGAGUGUCCUUACACUAGUCACCUAUCAAUUAACCCACUCAUAUAUUUCCGCAUUUCUCUUACGACGAUUAUUCCCCCACCAUUAUCCAGGUUUCUGCCCAGAAACUAAGCUCAACUGGCAUACCCAUGUCGUGUCAUCUGUGCACAGCAUCCUCAUAAGUACGGUCGCUGUCUGGAUCAUUUUCAAUGACAAAGAAUGGAGGACAAUCAGUAGGGAGCCCGCCGACAUAGUGGAGAGAAUACACGUGUACACAGGUGCUCUAGGGCUGCUUACGGCAUUGGCGCAGGGGUAUUUUAUCUACCACCUGGUCAUGGCCACUGUCCACUUCAAGGUUUUUGGUGUACAAACACUGUUCCACGCUGUGUCCUGCUGCACAUACAUCUUCGCAUUUAAGCCGUUUUUCAUGUUUUAUGCCCGUCAAUUCCUCUUGUUCGAGGCCUCAAAUCCGUUUGUGAAUAACCAUUGGUUCUUAAAAGAGCUUGGCAUUAGAACUGUGGUUCCAUUUCGUGGAUAUCCAACCUGACUCGCAUAUCGCCCUGGCAGGUCACCAUUAUGUAACCUUUGCCUUCUUCACAUUAAAAUAUGAUUUGGCAAAAAAGUCCAUAAAAAGAAUAAUCAAAGGGAUGACAUAGACAGUAGCAAAGAAAAAUGAGAAGACUUGGCCACUGCUAUCUAAACAGUGCACAGUCCUGUAGGGCACAUGGUCCUCAACAAAGAGUCCAGAUGAU